AUGUCUCCCUCCAUGUCUCCCUCCGUGUCUCCCUCCGUGUCUCCCUCCAUGUCUCUCUCCAUGUCUCCCUCCGUGUCUCCCUCCGUGUCUCCCUCCGUGUCUCCCUCCGUGUCUCCCUCCAUGUCUCUCUCCAUGUCUCCCUCCGUGUCUCCCUCCAUGUCUCUCUCCAUGUCUCCCUCCGUGUCUCCCUCCGUGUCUCCCUCCGUGUCUCCCUCCAUGUCUCUCUCCAUGUCUCCCUCCAUGUCUCUCUCCAUGUCUCCCUCCAUGUCUCCCUCCAUGUCUCCCUCCAUUUCUCCCUCCAUGUCUCCCUCCGUGUCUCCCUCCAUGUCUCCCUCCGUGUCUCCCUCCAUGUCUCCCUCCAUGUCUCCCUCCGUCUCUCCAUGUGUUAUGGCUAAAAGCAGUUUUUCUGAACGGAACCUCUACGACUCUGUUGGACACUGCUCGAGUGACCGCGACUGUCAUGAGGAAGGUUUUAUCAGGCUGGUGGGAGGACAAGAGGAUUCAGAAGGCCGUGUGGAGAUCUUUCAUGAUGGAGUUUGGGGGACUGUGUGCGAUGACAGCUGGGACUUACAAGACGCUCAUGUAGUGUGUCAACAACUUAAUUACCCGGAGGCAAGGGAAGCUCCAGAAUCUGCUGCGUUUGGACAGGGGGAUGGUACCAUCUGGAUGGAUGAUUUGGGUUGCAGUGGAACAGAAGCAGCCCUGCCCCAGUGCUUUUUUCCUGGAUGGGGCAUCCAUAACUGCGGCCACGGUGAAGAUGCAGGCGUUAGAUGUGAAAAAGGGUCUAACAGCCGUGAGUACGUUUUGGGCAAAGAUGCAAGCCUCCCUUCUCAGCUGGGGGACUUGUUUGACAGUGGACGCGACUGUGACUUGAUCAUUUCAGUGAUGGUGGACAACGAGACCGUGGAAACAGUUUGUGCUCACAGGCUCAUAUUUUCUCUUAAUGCAAACCUCAAAGCUUCACAGCCAGAUUUGCGUAGCCUCAACAUUAGCUGUGCUUCUGAGUGCGUUCAACAUGCCAGCACAUUGGUCAGGUACGUCUACACGAGAGAGAUUCAAAUCACAGUAGCCUCUGCUCUUUGCAUUCUGAACAUGGCUUCAGAGUGGGGCCUGACAGAACUUCAGGAAGACAUUGGAAAUAUUUUCAGAUUUUUUCUCCCAGAGGACCCCACUUUCCAGAGUCAGGUCUCUUUUUAUCAGUAUGCAGUCCUUGUAAAUAACGAGACUUUGCAAGAAACCUGUCUUCAGUUCCUGGCGUGGAACUGUGAGGCGCUGAUCCACUCCCCAGCGUGGACCGGUUUACCUUUCCAUCUGGUCAAAGUUCUUCUGUCCCGCUCAGACCUCGUGGUGCGUAAUGAAACCGUCAUUUUGCAUGGAUUGGAGAAAUGGGCGGCAGCACAGGGAAACACAACUAUUCCCGGCACCCUUUUGAAGCUUGUGCGCUUCCCCAUGAUAUCAGCUGAAGACUUAUACAACCUUGAUGGCUCACAGUACCAAACCAGCAAGUUGCAGGGGUUUCAGUUCAACGCUCUGCCUAUCAGCAUGCUGCUCGGUAACAUGACAGAGGAGCAGGACGUCUACACACCCAGGAUUUACACCGGCAGACCAUGGAGCUUCACGUUCAGAACUCAGGUGAUCAGCGGUUACAACCGUUCUGGUGUCUACAUCAGCGGCCUGACCUCUGAUUUCCAAACACCCGUUCACAACAGUGCCUACUUUGCUUUUCACACCGUGAGCUGGAAAACAAUCGUCUUUGUCAGUACUGAAGACUGCACAAGAGAAUACGUGACUUGUCCUUCUUUACCAGCAGUUAGCUUAAAGAUUCAAGAAAAGCAGAAUAGUUUACCCAGUGAGACGGAGGCGCGCAUUCGUUACAGAAAUAAGCUGGUCCUUAUUUGUGAAGGGAGGUAUGUGUCCCAUGUUGAAGAAUUUGAUGAUAAUGACAGCUUUUUUUUGUUUCCAAACAUUGCAGAACAGAAGUAUUCAUGCAACAGGAAUAUGUUUUCCUUCCAAGUAGUAGUGUGUCCUCACUACUCAACAGAUUAGUUUCAGCAUCUUAAAAAAAACCUCAGCAAUUGAAGUGCAGCAUAUUAGGGGUGAUAUCUGUAAUCCUCUCACUUAUAAAAACCUACGAUCUACACAGGAUCACAAGAACUGUGCAGUGUAUUCUUUCUUCUUUUUUCAGGUGAUUGUGUUUUUGACGGCUGUCUUGGACUUAUCUUAUUUUAUCUGUGCUUUUUAGAUAAUGAGUGAAAUAAAAGUGUUUCACUGGUGUUAAUCGGUUUAUGUUACCA